GCCCAGCGCACUGUUAACUAUACACUUUCACAAAGAAUACUUUAACAACAAUAUCGAUUGGAGAUUUUAAUAUAUAUAAUACUGCAAUUAAUAUAUUUAGGGUUAUCAUGUUUUUGAAGGCGGUUAAAUGAUAAUCUUCGUAACAUGGGUUAUAGGCAAAUUUCGGCACUUUUUAGAACAGGGAUAAUCUUUUUAUCAGUUUCUCUAGUGAUACAGUUACUAGUGAUAACUUUACCGUACUGGUAUUUUAAAGAAUUUUCAGAAAGUGUAAGUGUAAACGGUGGAUUGCUCUUCGCCUGUGCUAAGAUUGGACACAACAAGCAGUGCGGUACGAUAGAAAAUCCUCAAGACUGGUAUGCAAGAACUCGAGACAUAGAGCUGAUCGCUUUCCUUAUGCUGGUGACCGCUUUAAUUAUUUGUAUGAUAUUCCUGUUCGUUAGAGACAUGAAAAUAUUGAAACUUGUCAACUGGAUUUUAUGCUUUAGUUCAUGUGGGUUCAUCAUCAUCGGUGUUACUAUAUACAAAACUAAAUCAAGAGAUUAUCUGAGUGACAUCUCCAGCGCAUUUACUCUUGCCAUCAUUAGUGGAAUAGCUGCUCUGGUCGCGGGUGUUGUUUGUUUAAUGGAUUGGAUAAAACAAUCUUUUGUAUAAAACAGAAAGAAAUGAGGACGCUUGGGAUAAUAUCAAAGUAGAUGAAAUCAGAGGCUUUGAAAAAAAGACUGACUAACUAAAUAUUAAGCGAAAUACAAUUGAACACGGUUCAAAAGUCUGAGAUAUAAGAUGAUUAAGGUAGCACUCCACAGUUAAUUUCAAGUUCCUGCCGUCAAUGUCCUACAAGCAAUACGUCUAAUAAUUCUGAUACCAAACUACACAACCUGGAAAAAGAAAACACAUUUUGUUGAGAACAUAUAUGACAUAAGAUUGCAAAUCUACAAAGAAAUUAUCCCAUCUGCAAUAGGCAGGCAGUCAAAAAAGUUGCAAUUUAUUCCGUUGAAGCUCAAAAUCUACAGUGGCCCGAGACCCAAAACAACACAUUUCGACCCUCUGGCAAAAAAUAUCUGCAAAUAUACAGGCUAAAGGAACACCGUCUCUGCUUUAGCAACUCCCUAUACAUGCAAAAUAUCACAAAGAAACUAGUCCUCAACCUUGUAGAUUUUUUGCUACUGCUAAAAGU